AUGGUUAUCUAUCUAUUCCUGUGCAGCAACUUAAACAUCCAAUUUCUAGUCAUUGAGCUUGAUGCCAAAGCUGUGGUGGAUGUGUUUCUCAAUCCAAACUACCAAAAUAUUGCUGUCUCGCCUAUCUUGGAGGAUUGUAGACAAUUGUUGCUCCGGUUUCAGCAGAUUCAGGUCAAACACUGCUUCUGUCAGGCUAAUCGCUGUGCAGAUUUGUUAGCUAGGAUGAGUUUAGAUCAAGUUACUGAUUUUGUUUCUUUUAACUGUCUGCCUGUGGACAUUAGAGGUAUUGUAGAGGAGGAUGUUGUAGGGCUUUUUGUUAACAGACUCUACCCUGUUUCUGUGCUUGCUGUUUAG